AUGCAUUGUUACGCACAGCAUGUCGUUGCCGAAUACAAUUUUGCUAUUUUUGCGCUUCACGUGCUUGAAAUUGCUGUCGGCAUAAUAAAGACCAAGUACCCUUCCUUCAAAAUUGCGCCAUCGCCGCAAAGGAUAUAUCCAAACCUUGAUUAUUUUAACGAUAUGCAGAUUGUAAUAGCCUGUUUUGCGCAACAGCCAUUAAAGUUUACGGAAAUAGUUGUUCCUGUUUUGUACGAAUAUCUGAGCUCAGAUGCAGCUAUAAAUUCAAAAUGUUUUAAAAUUAUGUUGAUUCCUAAUAAAGUUCUAGGCUCUGCGAAAACGCUCCGAAGGCGCUCACUCCCCCUCAUAAAGCUACAGCCUCAGGCGGUAAAGCCAGAAAGCUCUGGCUGGAUGGUUUUACAUGCCAUGCAACGAAUCCUGGCUGCACCAACCCGGGAAACAGCGCUAACUCGUUUCAAAUGUAAGGUUCUGGCAGCGACCCAAGUUAGGACACUAAAGCCAACCGAAAAAGAUUUCGCGAACUUGAUAUAUGACGUUGAUCGAAUAGAGCUUUUUAACAAUGCUAUGUACGCCAUGGAUAACAUAUUCGUAACUAAUCACAAUUACAACUCUCCAAAUGUUAUUGAACCAGUCAGCGGCCACAUGUGGCACAAGAUGUUUCAGAAGAUCGCCAUGGCGCUUUGGCUGUACAAAAUGUUUCGGAAAUUCUUUAAGAUUUUUCUUUGUCCUGCUCCAGCCAAAACGCUCCAGAAAUUCGACCUAGUUGCCGCAGGUCGCGCCGACCGGCUUAAAUAUUGGACUACAAAAAAUCAACUUAACGAUACUGGCGUUAAAAGGGAACUGGUAAAAACUGGGAAUGGGAAAUUUUGCAUCAGGAACAACAAUUCUAUACGCAGGAUAAGAAAAAAACAAGAAGAAGGGAAAGCAUGGUCUAAUUUAUGCGACUUGAAGAGUUACUGGGGUCUAGAAAGGUAUAUACUUUUGUCUGCUGUGCCCGAAGACAUUCAAAAAGCGCCAAUACGAGAGAUAACCGAGGGGAUUUAA